GCACCCGGUUUUCGUUGUUUGUGUCGUGUAUUGUUUUCUCCCCGGGCCAGCUUUCCGUAAUUUUCGGUUUCGAAUAUUAUCGAAAUGUGAUCUGAAAGUGUAUUUCUUUUGAAGAUAGGCAACUUGUUAUUGAUUCCAUUCGUUCCUGAACAAAGUGUCAACAAUGCAGCAGCCUCAGUGUAGUGGGGAUGCCUUAUCCUAUGCCCACUAUACCUUCAACCCUGCUCCCAGGAACCUGUACCCUCCAUUCAUUUAUCCUGUGAUGCCGCGCAAGAAGACGCAGCCGGCCAAUGUGGGCGAGGAGCUGCGUAUCGCCGUGACGCUGGCGCUGCAGAACUUCCGACUCCAGGAGGAGCAAGCAGAAAUAGAAUUUCCAUCUUCUCUGACAUCUACUGAGCGAGCUUUCAUCCACAAAUUGGCGGACUCCAUUGGGCUGAAGUCGAAGAGCCGAGGGAAGGCGGCCAACCGUUUUCUGACGGUGUACAAGAAGCAUGGCUCGACGAUCGUUCAGGCGGACGCGGUGUUUGCGCUGGCGCGCAUGUCUCGGCACCACGUCAGCUCGCUACUCUCAAAGUUCCCGGUCACCAACCGGGAGCGACAGGAGCUGCUGCCGCCGACCGAGCGGGACCGGCUGCUCCAGCCCGACGUUCGGGAUGUGAACCGGGCGACGGGCCGACUGAACAGCGGCAUCCCCCAGGUGCCGGGAGCGCGCGGCACCGGCGACCUGAGCCGGGCCGGCCAGCAGCUGCCCAUCUGGCCGCUCAAAGACGACAUCCUGCGCACGGUCGGCCACAACCAGGUCACGCUGCUGGUGGGCGACACCGGCUCCGGAAAAACCACCCAGGUGCCUCAGUUCCUGCUGGACCAGUACCACGCGGCGGGCCGGCCGCUGCGCAUCCUCUGCACCCAGCCGCGGCGUAUAUCGGCGCUCACCGUGGCGGAGCGGGUGGCCGCCGAGAGGGACGAGACCGUCGGACAGACGGUCGGGUACCAGAUACGGCUGGAGAGCAGGGUAUCGCCCAAGACGCUGCUGACGUUCUGCACGAGCGGGGUGCUGCUGCGGACCCUGAUGGGCGGCGACGGCGCCCUGGCCACGGUCACUCAUGUGAUCGUGGACGAAAUUCACGAGCGGGACCGGUUCGCCGACUUCCUGAUGGCCGUGCUCAGGGACAGCAUCUCCAAGUACCGCAACCUCAAGAUCAUCCUCAUGUCGGCUACCAUGGACACCCAGCUGUUCGUCAAGUACUUCCACGUCUGCCCCGUCGUCAAAAUCCCUGGCAAGAUGUACGAGGUGAAGGAGUACUUUCUGGAGGACGUGCUCCGGGAGACGAAAUUCACGUCGCCGGAGAUGGAGCGCGCCAAGGCGGAGCUGCGCAAACGGCAGGCGCUCAGCUCGUGGACCGAGCACGCGGCCGACCGGCCACUGGCGGGCGCGGCGGCCGCCAUCGAGAGGCCGCACAUCCCGGCGCCCAUACUGGGACAACAAACGGAGCCGACCCCCGACCGCACCGAACUGGAGCCGUGGCUGGUGGAGCUGAUGGACCGGUGUAUCAGUACCGCCUGGCUGGCCGCCUCCGAGGAGUCGUUCACGCAGCUCCUGCACCUCAUCAUGACAGAGAACGUCUCCGUCGACUAUCAGCACUCGGAGACCUCGGCGACUCCGCUGAUGGUGGCCGCCGGCCGGGGCAACCUGAACGCCGUGGAGCAGCUGCUCAGUCUGGGCGCCAGCACGUCCAUCCACGCCAGCAACGGCUGGACGGCGCGCGACUGGGCGCAGCGCACUCAGCAGACGGAGGCCGUCGAGCUCAUCGACGCCUACGGGCCGUCCCCCGCCGCCGCUCAGGAGGCGGUGGACGCCCAGCUGUCUGAGGAAGACCGCCAGCUACUGCAGUGCUACCAGCUCAGCCACGACGACGAGCGGGUGGACGUGGACCUGGUGGUGGCGCUGCUCAAACACGUUCUGACCGGAGAGCAGCCCGGCAGCGUGCUGGUGUUCCUGCCCGGCUACGACGACCUGGUCAAGGUGCGCGAGGUGCUCUCCGAGUCGCGCUGGUUCACCGAGCCGCCCGGGCAACACGCGCUGUUCGUCCUCCACUCCAACAUGCAGAGUGGCGACCAGCGGCGUGUGUUCCGACCCGUGCCGGCCGGCACCCGCAAGGUGGUGCUGUCGACCAACAUCGCCGAGACGAGCGUCACCAUCCAGGACAUCGUGUUCGUCAUCGAUACCGGAAAGGUCAAGGAGAAGUCGUUCGACUCCAUCACUGGCGUGUCUCAGCUGCGGCCGACCUGGGUGAGCCGGGCCUCUGCGCUGCAGCGGCGUGGCCGCGCCGGCCGCUGCCAGCCGGGCGUCUGUUACCACCUGUUCAGCCGCAGCCGGUUCCAGGCGCUGCAGCCCUACCAGACCCCGGAGAUCCUGCGCACGCCGCUGCAGGAGCUCUGCCUGCACAGCAAGAUGCUGUCGCCGCCCAACACACCCAUCGCCGACUUCCUGGCCAAGACGCCGGACCCGCCGCCGUUCAUGGUGACGCGCGCCGCCGUCCAGCUGCUGAAGACGAUCGACGCGCUGGACCCGUGGGAGGACGUCACCGAACUGGGCCACCACCUGCUGGACCUGCCGGUCGAGCCGCGACUCGGCAAGGCCGUCCUCUACUCCAUCGUGCUCAAGUGCCUGGACCCAGUGCUGACGAUCGUCUGCUGCCUGGCGCACCGGGACCCGUUCGUGCUGCCCGCCAUACCGGCGCAGAAGCGCGCGGCCGCCGCCGCACGGAAAAAGCUGGCAGCCAACACGUACAGCGACCACAUGACGCUACUGAGAGCCUUCCAGGCAUGGCAGAAGGCGCGUAACGAGGGCUGGGAGCGCUCGUUCUGCGAGAAGAACUUUGUCAGCAGCGCCACGAUGGAGACGGUGGUGGGGAUGAGGACUCAGCUGCUGGGACAGCUGCGCGCCUCGGGAUUCGUGCGGGCCCGCGGCGCCGGGGACAUCAGGGACCUGAACUCGAACUCUGAGAUCUGGGCGGUGGUGAAGGCGGCACUGUGCGCCGGCUGCUACCCCAACCUGAUCAGGGUGGACCGCGAGCAGGUCCAGCUGAGGACGCAGCGGGAGAGCCGUGUCCGCCUACACCCGUCCUCGACGCUGGCCGACGCGCCCAAGUCUGCGCGCACGACGGCGGCGCAGGCGCACCGCUCGGCCAUCGAGUCGCUGCCGGCCGACUGGCUCAUGUUCGAGGAGCUGUCGCGCUCGGGCCGCGUGGCGCACGUCCGCUGCUGCACGCUGGUCAGCCCGAUCACCGUGGCUCUGAUGGCCGGCCCGGCGCGACUGCCCCUGGACGCCGUCUCGGAGGCCGACGCCGUAUUACAGGGUAUGCGCGGCGACAGCUACAUGGAGGCCGACUCGGACUCGGAGGUCGAGGAGCGCUCCGAGGGACAGAAGACCAUGCUCAAACUGGACGAAUGGGUCGGGUUCCGAGUGGACACGGACGCGGCGCAUCUGGCGCUCCAGCUGAGACAAAAGUGGCACGCCCUCUUCAUACGGCGCAUGCGCGCGCCGGGCAAAACUUGGUCACAGGUGGAUGAUCACGUGAUCCGCACGCUGAUCGCCGUGCUGACCACGGAGGAGCAGGCGCUGGGUCUGCAGCAGCCGCCGGGCAUCGGCCAGCGGCCGCGGCCCGUCAUCAGUGACGUGUUCAGCGGCGGCGGGCCGCGCGAGCCGCCGCCGCCGGCGGCUCAGCAGCAGGGUCCGCCGGGUCCCCAGCAGCAGCAGCAGCAGCAGCAGCAGCAGCCGAGGGUCUCGCCGGACCAGGCAGCGCCCGCACGUGAAGCCCGCCCCAAGUCGGGAGACCGCGGCGGCGGCAGCAGUGCUGUCAGUACCGGUAGCAGUGGCGCUGGUGGCGGGGGAGGCGGUGCGGGUUCUGCCAAUCCCUCCGCCCGCCACUCGCCGACCCCGAGACACACAGAUACCGGUCAGCACGGCGCGGCCAACAACGGACGCUACUUUAUCAUCAAGGCGAACAGCACCCGAGCCGUGGACGCCUCGGUCACCAAGUGUGUGUGGGCGUUCACACCCAACACGGAGAGAAAACUGCUGCACAACUUCAAGGAGGGGCGCACCGUGUACCUCGUGUUCAGCGCCCAGGGCUCGGGCCACUUCCAGGGCUACGCCAAGUUCCUGGGCCAGGCCUCGUCGGAGCGGUGCCCCGAUCUGCAGGGACCCAACCUCGGACAGUCGUACAAGAUCGAGUGGGUGAAGCGGGCCAACAUCCCGUUCCAGGCCACCCGUCACCUCAUCAACCCGUACAACGAGCACCGACGCGUGCAGACGAGCCGGGACGGCCAGGAGGUGCAGCCUCAGGUGGGCUCGGCGCUGUGCCGCCUCUGGGACCGGCCAGAGAACCGCUCCGGACCGCCCGGCGGCCCCGGCGGCGGCACCCACCUGCCCUACGGCCUGGAGCAGCCCGACGACCCGCCGCCGGGCGUGGGCGCCGGUCUGGGGCCGCAGCCGUUCCACCAGCCGCCGCCGGGGCCGCAGGGGCCGCCGGGCGGCGGCGGCCAGGCGGCCGCGGCGCCCGGUCCGCCCCCGCCGCCCCAGGGGUUCGCCGGGAGGCCGAUCAGGGGCAAAACGUACCCGCCGCCGCCGCAGCAGGGCAGGGGCUUCUACAGGGGCCAGGGGUUCCGGCAGUGAGGGGCCGGAUACAAGGGUGGUGUGUGAGGGGCCGGUACCUACGGGGGGACGGCCUCCAACGCCCGAAAUCCCCGGCCAGUAGGUCAGCUAAUGCUCUGUGGGGCGAUGUGUUUUCUCUGGCGGCGACUGCCACUGCCUGUCAAUGUGAACAAAACUAUUCGACGUAAGACUAGGCUAUGGGCGACGGACGGGGAUAGCUAUACUGCAGCUGAGCGGCUACUGCCUUUUGCUAUAGAGACUGGCCUCCUUGGGUUCGGCUUACCCAUUGCGUUAUCUAAUUGGCAAUAUCAACCGGAGUGUGUUUUAUUGGCCGGCGUUUGUGCCGAAUCGUCUGAAUCUAGUUCAGACGAGUCUGCGUGCCAGCCCGAUAAGGUCGUACGAGUACUUGCCGCGGUCAGCGCGGGGUUCAUCUGUGUUCCCCGGCUGGCCGUGCACCAACCAACUCAGGGUCGGUGAGAUGGGACGGGAAGGGUGUGUGGUUCUCUGCGCUGAUCACAGUGUUUCAUCCUGCACCGGCUGAACCGUCAAUCGCUGCCGAUCUCGAGGUUCGGACUAGUGUUGGGCCGGGAGAGGUGCGGCUGUAGUAGGCCGGCUGAGUCAACAGCGGCUGCCGAUCUCGAGGCCCGGACGAAUGACGGGCCGGGAGAGAUGCGCUCAGUGGUAAACCCGGUGGCAGGCGACAAUCAGUGCCCGGCGGCUUCGAAUGUCAGGUCACGGAUGGCUCGGGGCCCAGCCGGGUCUGUGGCCUGAGGUGCGAUGGAAGAGCUUCUUCGAGGAGCUGCCAUUGCGUUUGUGCCGGUCGGUAUUAGGGCCUGAGGCCCGGAGUAAGAAACAUAAUCAGGCGAUGGAGCCAGGAGCUUGCCUAUUUGAUGGGAAGAUAGUGCUGGUAUGGGUUUGAAAAGCGAUGCAGGGUUUUCGUGUAGAGCGAUUAGUUUGUUUUCUCAUUGCCAUUAAUGCACGUGUGAUUUGUGAAUCUAGUUUGUUGCCCCAGCUUCCUAAUGUGCGUUGUUUCCUAUUGCUCUUUGAGUGGUGAUUUGUACAGAUGGUUUAGUCGACAAAGUGCUGGGUACCCGCCCCGCUCGUGUGCGGGCCCCACUUAGUGCUGUGAAGGGGCCGACUCUGCGGUGACUGCCCCUCGGCUGUGGCUCUCCCGGGCUGUUUCCGCGGCGCGGGGCCGGGUGAAGUGGAGCGCGCCGGGCCGGCUCGGUUUAAUUCCCCGCGCGGGGUCCGUGUCAGAGCGAGUGACCGUCGGUACACACCCGGCGGAGCUGCUCCUCCCGUUCUGCCGUUCAAAGUUGGAUAGUUGGCAUUGGCUGUUUAAUACACCUGUUGCUGUGUUUU